UAAUUUUGCUUGCCUUCCACUGACAUCGUUUCCAUCUGUCAAUUCGCGGUUUCACUUGCUCUGUGUGUGUGUGUGUUUUUUUUUGUUACAUUCCUAUCUUUUUUAUUGCUUAUAAAUAAUUUAUUAAAUAAGCUGUUAUGGCUGAAAAAUUAUCUCUAAAUUGUUGUCGAAUUAUUGAAAAUUCUCAAUAUUUUCGGUAUUUUGCUCAAAAAUUGCGUUUUUUUUAAAGGUUAGGAGUAUUUUUUUUUUUUUAUUGCGAAAAAAAAGACAAGUGUCAAAACUAAUUGUGUUUAUAGUUGAUUUAAAUGUGAAGUGAAUAUAUAUAUAUUUUUUUUAUUUGUUCAAAAUUUUCGGUGGUGUUUCGUGUUAAUUCGUUAAAUGUUAUACUUUUUUCUGAAUAUUUAUAGUGAAAAGUGUUUUAAAUAAAAAAAGAAAACAAAUUCAAAAUGGUAAGACUUACUGAAGAAAUGGUCAUUGCAAGAACAAGAAGUUCAGAUUUGGCAAACGUCAAACAGCUCAAUUGUUGGGGAACUGAAUUAACAGAUGUCAGCAUUUUACAGAGAAUGAAAAGUGUUGAAGUUCUGUCCUUAAGUGUGAACUGCAUCGAAACUCUGGCACCAUUUCAAUAUUGUUCCAAUCUUCGUGAUUUAUUUAUAAGAAGAAAUAAUAUUCAUGAUUUAAAUGAAGUUUGUUAUCUUCAGGAUUUGACGAAUUUAAGAAAUCUUUGGCUCAGUGAAAAUCCAUGCGCCGAACGUGAAGGAUAUCGAUUGGCAGUUUUGCGGGUUUUGCCAAAUUUACAAAAACUCGACGAUAAAGUUGUUUCGCCAGAGGAAGUUCAAAUUGCACUUUGUCGUGGAAAAAUUUUAUCUCAUCCAUUGGAUUACGAAGCAUCAUCACCGCAAGCCAAUCAACCAAUUGAGGAGGAUUUAACGGAAUAUUUAGAAGAACCCGAAUUGGUCCAGCAAAGAAGAUACAGUUCUUCUAGUGAUCAGAGAAGUUACGAUGAACAACUUGAACAUCAGGAAAAUCACGUGACCGACAAAAAAAAUGCAAAUUAUGGUCCAUCACCAUCACCUCAAUACGCUCCAAAUAAUCAUUACGGCUAUGAGUAUUCAAAUAUUUUAUCAGCUGUUUUGAGUCUCGUCAAAGAAUUGGAUUAUCCAAGUCUUCAGGUCGUUGAGGUGGCAAUAAGAAAUCGUAAAGACGAUUUAAUGGAAUGAUGUUUUUGGCGCCGUCCCUAAAAAAAGAAAAAGAAAAGAAAA